CAGUCUAAGUAUGAAAGAAGAAAGAGCCAAGCGGCAUGAAGUUUUCCACUGGGUCUUAGCCUCAUUUGUUGAAAUAAAAUACUUCAGCUUCAAAUUCAACCAAAGCAAAAUAAUGAAUAUUGGUCUUUUAAAUAUUUUAAAUAUGCGUCGAAGAUUAAAUUGAUCUUCUUCUCUUCUUCUUCUUCUUCGUCUUUCUUUCUUUCCUUCUUCUUUCUUUCUUUCUUUCUUCUUCUUCUCAGAUCCCCACCGGGCUUUCAUUGGAUUCUCUCUCUCCGUCUCCCAUUCUAGGGUUUCUGUUCCGGCGAAUGCUACUGUUCCUCCGAUGAAUCGCCAACACUCCAACCAUCUUCAAUCCAACUCCAUUUCUCACUGCCAACAGUGCGGCAUCUCUCAAUCCGCCUGUUGGAUCCUCCACAAUGUUCGUCACAAAGCCACUUUCCGUCGUCUCUGCACUAAUUGUGUCCUCAAGCACAAUCUCUCCCGUUUUUGUCCUCUUUGCUUCGAUGUUUAUGAGGAUUCAACUCCUCCGCCGUCUCAUCAUCGAGUUAUGUGCUUCAGAUGCCCUUCAAUCUCUCAUCUCUCUUGCGUUUCCUUUCGAUUUUCCUCUACCUUCCUAUGCCCUCUCUGCUCCGAUCCUCGUUUUGUCUUCUUCGAUGGUUUUGACUCCGGCGGCAGCCUUUGUCAAUCGGAGUCUACUGUCGCCUUUUUAGCCGGAAAAAAUGUUGAUGCUAAAUCAGGGAAAGCUAUUGUCGCUGCGGCUCGUGUGUCCGCUCAAUCCAUGAGGAGAGCAGCUCUUGACGCUAGGGCUGUUGCGGAGAUGAAGAUAAAAAACGCCGCGUUUGCCAAGAAACAGGCUACUCUCGCAUUGGAACAGCUUGCGUAUCUUGUUCUUCAGGAGAAGGAUAAAAAUGGAUAUUCUAAAAGUAAUGGAGAUGCUGUUGAUAGUGAGAGGAAGGUUGAAGAAGAAGAAUACAAGCUACAGGAGAAAGAUAAUCGCCAUUCGCCCAUUGAUAUUCAAAUGCCAGUUCUGGCGGAGCAGUGGUCAUAUCAAGAAGUGACGGCGAUGGCGAUGGCGAUGACGGCGGCGACGAUUGAGCUGGUGAUUCGGCCGAGUCGACUCCACUCGUCUCGCUUUGAGAAAACCGAGUUGACUCAUUGAUAAUUUCUCUGGGUCCAAAAAAAAGAAAACCCUUUUUUCAUUUGACAACUAAAAAAAGAAUACUAUAAUUAAUCAA